AUGGAGGCCAACACCCAGGAAAAGCCACAGGGGGGAAGAGCAAGCUGGGGACAAUACGCCCAUUGCACGAAAAUGAUUCAAUUUGGAAACAUAGGAUCGCCUUCCAAUAAUCAGGGUUCAUUUGCCGACAAAAACAAGCAAAACGGAGCUACCCUUCCUGUGUUGAUUUCGCCCAAGGCUCACCAAGUGCCGCGUCAACCAAUCUGGUCUGGGAACGAUUGCCCAGGUGUAAUUGCUAAAUUUCCAGAAAAACAUCCGUCUCGGUUCGGUGUGCCCAGUCCGCCACGUAAUAUUUCCGGUACGCCUCUCUGGGUUCAGAUGGAUGUAGAGAUGGUCAAGAUUACGCAACACGGCCAACGAUCAUUAGAAAGCCUUUAUAAAGAAAAUCCAGACAGGAAGCUGCAAGGUCACAUCAAUUCAAGUACGCUUCAUUUUGCAGCAGAAGUUGUCCUACAGCUCGUGGAUGAAGCUGCGUGCCGAUGGCUCAACAAGUGGUGUCCUCACAUGGACUUAUAUGAGGUGCUUGCGGAUAUCGGCAUCAAGGGCCCAGAAAACAGCCAUGCUUAUAAAAGAUACAAUGUGCCAUUAGAUGCCAUGGAUUUGAGCAUUGUGAAUGGUAGUCUGGUGGAGACGUAUCAGCAGUGCCGAGGGAUUAUUUCAAAAGACUCGGACGAGAUUCAAUUUCCUAAGCUCAUCGAGCUAAUAGACCAGUCCGCCGUCUUUCUACGAGCGAUAAAAGACACCAAGGGCGUAGUCCUACUCCUGACGGCAAAGUCAACCUUCCAGUGGAUCCCUAUUUGUCUCGACGCAAAGAAGCUGUCUGUCCUAGGGAACUCAAACAUGGAGCUGGACAAGCUGAACCAAAAAUACAGAGACUGUACCACGAACGAUGAGAUUAAAUCUGAGGCUCUACGUCAGCAACGGCAAGCUGACGAGCUCAAUAUCCUUGAUAAAGCCACGGCAGAGUUCAUCUCACACUGCGAAACGUUUGAAAUAGAGAUGCUAAAUGGGCUUUGUGGGUUACUAGCUUGGCGGGGAGAUUGA